AUGAACAGAUGGCAGGUUGGCAAAGUACAGAUCACUCAGGUGGUGGAGUUAACCACAGCCUCGCUUGGACCUCAUCUCCUACCCCAGGCCACACCCGAGGCGUUGCUCGACAUUCCCUGGAUAACUCCGUUUGUAGAUGCGCAGCAUCGCAUGGUGUUGAGUAUUCAUACACUUAUUGUUGAGUCCCAGGGCCAGACCAUCAUGGUGGACACCUGCAUCGGCAACGAUAAAGAACGCAGCUAUCCGCGGUGGCACAUGAUGCAGGGUGAUUUUUUGUCACGCUUGUCGGACUCCGGCUUCGCCACGGAGCAAAUCGAUACGGUACUGUGCACCCAUAUGCAUGUAGAUCACGUCGGCUGGAAUACCCAGCUGAUCGAUGGCAAGUGGCAACCUACUUUUGGCCAGGCUGACUACCUGUUUAACGAAACCGAAUGGCAACACUGGCGCAACGAAGGGCAGGAUUAUGGCCCGGUGUUCGAAGACUCGGUGCAGCCGAUCUUUGAUGCGGGUAAGGCGGUGCUGGUCACCGACGGGCAUCGUGUGACGGAUGAAGUCUGGCUGGAACCAACGCCAGGUCACACGCCUGGCCACGUGAGUGUGCAUAUUGCAUCGAACGGUGAGGAAGCGGUGAUCACCGGCGAUAUGAUCCAUCACCCGAGUCAGAUUCCGCAUUGUCAUUGGACCUGUACCGCGGACCAUGACGGCACGCUUGCUCAACACACGCGAGAAAAUUUUGUGCAGCGCUACGCAGAUCGACCGGUGCUGAUCAUCGGCACACAUUUUGCCGGACCCACUGCCGGCCAUAUUGUGCGCGAUGGGGACACUUAUCGGCUGGCGUACUAA